CUUUUACUCAUUUUUGUUCGGAGGACCAUCGGCCACCAGCUGCAGCCGAGGAGAGAGUGAAGAGAGGAGGAAUACAGACAGUGUCCCGUCCCGAGGAAAACAGCUCUGACCUGGACUAAACUAAAACGCUUCCGUGUGUUUCGACAGGUUUGCUCUUUCGUUAGUGGGAGGCAAGGAUGGCAAUGCAGAUGGGUGAGCCUGACAGCGGCAUGGUGAAGGUGACAGAGUGGCAGCAGACGAUGUAUGGCCCAGACUCGGGCAUCCAAUCCGGAGCCACCACAGUCAGAGACGAUGACAGCGAGUACACCACCUCCAAGCACUACACCAUGACCACCACUGUCACAACAGAAGAGCCCGACAUGGAAGCCCUGUACACUACGAGAGCCCAGCGGGUGCGGGCUGCAAUGUUCCCAGAGACUCUGGAGGCGGGCACCACCAUCUUGUCCACCCAGACAGACCCGUCCCAGAUGACCAACGUCCAGCGGCUGGCCGAGCCCUCCCAGAUGCUCAAGACGGCCAUCAUCCAUCUGAUCAACUACCAGGACGACGCAGAGCUCGCCACACGCGCCGUGCCGGAGCUCACCAAACUGCUCAACGAUGAAGACCAGGUGGUCGUCAGCAAGGCAGCACAGAUUGUCAACCAGCUCACGCGCAAGGAGGCGUCACGCCGCGCGCUGAUGCAGUCCCCUCAGAUGGUGGCAGCGGUGGUGCGGGCGAUGCAGAACACCAGCGACAUGGAGACGGCACGGGCCACAGCCAGCAUCCUCCACAACCUGUCCCACCAGAGAGAGGGCCUGCUCUCCAUCUUCAAGUCUGGAGGCAUCCCUGCUUUGGUCCGCAUGCUCAGCUCUCCUAUGGAGUCUGUGCUCUUCUACGCCAUCACCACGCUCCACAACCUGCUGCUGCACCAGGAAGGAGCAAAGAUGGCCGUGCGUCUGGCCGACGGCCUGCAGAGGAUGGUUCCCCUGCUGAAUAAGAGCAACCCCAAGUUCCUUGCCAUCACCACAGACUGUCUGCAGCUGCUGUCCUACGGCAACCAGGAGAGCAAGCUCAUCAUCCUCGCCAACAGAGGCCCUGAGGGUCUAGUUCACAUCAUGAGAAACUACAACUAUGAGAAGCUGCUUUGGACAACGAGCCGUGUGCUCAAAGUCCUCUCUGUGUGCCCCAGCAACAAACCCGCCAUUGUAGAGGCUGGUGGGAUGCAGGCUCUGGGUAAGCACCUCACAGGCUCCAGCCAGCGUCUGAUGCAGAACUGCUUGUGGACGCUCAGGAACCUCUCCGAUGCUGCCACCAAGGAGGAGGGUAUGGACAGCCUGCUGCAGGUGCUGGUGGGCCUGCUCAGUUCAGACGACCUUAACAUGCUCACUUGCGCCACGGGCAUCCUGUCAAACCUGACAUGCAACAAUGCCCACAAUAAAACUCUGGUCACCCAGAGCAACGGCGUGGAGUCUCUGAUCCACGCCAUAUUGCGCGCCGGCGAGAAGGAGGAUGUGACCGAGCCCGCUGUUUGCGCUCUGCGCCACCUGACUUCGCGCCACCAACAGGCCGAGCUGGCUCAGAACGCUGUGAGGAAACACUACGGCAUCCCCGCCAUCGUCAAGCUGCUCAACCAACCCUACUACUGGCCCGUCAUCAAGGCCGUGGUUGGCCUGAUCCGCAACCUGGCCCUGUGCCCAGAGAACCAGGCCCCUCUGAGGGACGCUGGAGUGAUCCCCCGUCUGGUCAACCUGCUGCUCAAAGCCCAUCAGGACGCCCAGAAACACGGUUCAUCCGCCCAGCAGACAUACCAGGAUGGAGUGAGGAUGGAGGAGAUUGUGGAGGGCUGCACAGGAGCUCUGCACAUCCUGGCAAGAGAUCCCAUCAACAGAGCAGAGAUCGCCAACCUGCAGACCAUCCCUCUGUUUGUUCAGCUCCUCUACUCUCCAGUGGACAACGUGAAGCGCGUGGCGGCCGGCGUCCUGUGCGAGCUGGCCCUGGACAAACCGUCGGCUGAGCUCAUCGACAGCGAGGGAGCGUCGUCUCCGCUGAUGGAGCUGCUGCACUCCAACAACGAGGGCAUUGCCACCUACGCCGCCGCUGUGCUCUUCCGCAUCUCCGAGGAUAAGAACUCAGACUACAAGAAGCGAGUGUCUGUGGAGCUCACACACUCUCUGUUCAAGCACGACGCCGCUGCCUGGGAGAUGGCCCACAACAGCAUCCCCAUGGAUGGACCCUAUCCAGAUGAGCUGGAUGUAGGUUACCAAGGAUACGGAGGGUAUGCAGCUGACAUGCCCAUGGACGGCAUGGAAGGACCGAUGAUGCCAGACGAUUACCCAGGCAGCGUCUACGACAGACAAGUGUGCCCUGAGUACUGACCUACAGAGCCAGAGGAGGAAGAAAGGGAGCGGAGGAGCUGAUGUGGGACAUAAUGGGACAAAGAAGAGAAUAUAGUCGUCAGUAGAGAUCAUUCCCUCUGCUCUCAGCCUGGUGUAAUAUAUGCAAUUAUCACUGAGUACGGGACUCAUCAUCUUAACAGGGCUCAACUUUGUUUUAUAGCAUAAUUUUGCCGAUUAUAAUUGUGACAGCGACGAUGCUUGUAGGUUUCUGUUAGAGAACCUUUUAAAAGUGCGUGUGUGCACGUGAGGAUGUGUGUGUGUGUGUGUGUGUGUGUGUGUGUGUGUGUGUGUGAGUGCGCUUUUGGGUGGGUAUUCUAUGCCAAAGAGAUUUUAUUUUGUGAUGAUAAUCAUGUAGCUUCCUUUUUUUUGAGAGAGAAAACAAAAAAAAAAGGAGGAUGAUAG